AUGAGCACGGUGGACGGCGAGCGGUACGAGGUUCGGACUAAGAGACCGGACAGCACCGGCAAGAUCCGAACCUUGGUUGUUCAUCCAAGCAGCAUCGUGGCCCUCUCCCUGUGCGCAGUCUGCGCAACGUUGGCGCCCAAGGCGACGAGUCUCGACUGCGACGUCUGCGGAAAGCUGUACUGCUCGGAGGAGUGCCAGCGCAGGGACCGCGACAACGGCCACGAUCGCGAGUGCCGUCACCGCAGCGUUCUCUUGGAGGCCUUCCGCGACCGCUCUCGGCGCCUCGGCGAUCUUCCGAGGACCUCAUCUUUGGUAGCCGGCGAGUUGCUGGACCGCGCCUCACCUGGCAAGGAGCCCCUCUGCCGCUGUGACACAGUCGAGCAGUCCGAGGUGCGCCCACUCUUUGUGCGCAUGCGAUUGGCUGCGGGCGAAUCCGGCAUCAUCAACACGGAGCGGAUCAUGGAGCGCAAUCGUGUGUUUGGCGACAGCACCGCGCUCUGUUUUGAGAUGGCCCAGGGCUGCAGCCUCGAGAUGCGCGAGUACAGCGGCGGGUUGGUCUUUCAAACCACCAAGAGCAUCAAGUCCUUUGAUGAGAUUUGGGCUCAAUACCGGACCGACUUGCACUGGUUUGGCAUGCGAGGGCACAUCCGGUCAAUGGAGCCGUCCGAGCGUGCGCAGCAGAUCGCGGAGCUGGUUCGCGAAGGCAUCGGCGGGUACGCCUAUCGUCGCAUGUUGUGGCCGACUGGGCGCUCUGCGCCACCGCUGGCCGAGAGGCAACAGUGGGUGCGGCGCUUGGAGACGCUUGGCUGGUUAGACACCCCGGAGAACACGCGGGAGACCGUCCGCCAGACCGGGAAGCGUUUGCCCGACGAGUACGACCAAGUCGAGGCGGACCUCGCCGCUGUCCGUCGCCGGCGUCGCCGCUCCGGAGGCGCGAGCGACGAGGCGCGCGUGAUCGCCAAGGCCGGGGCGCUCCGCCAUGACGGUGAGCAGGCCAUGAACAGGGGCCGAGCGGCCGUUGCGCUCGACCGCUACCAGCAGGCGAUCGAGCUCCUCCAAUUUGCGUCUGAGCCUGCUGCGUUGACGUCGCUGGCUGAGCCCUGGUCUGACAGCCUGACAGCAACCCCCGGACAGCGCCUGACAGUGCCCGACAGCCUGACAGCGCUGACAGCACUUUCUCUGACAGAGGCCAGCAGCGCAGAGUUUUUUGAGGAGAUCCGUAAGCUGCUGGCAGAUUUCAACGUCUCCAUCCAGGAGGAGUCAAAGGAUCGCAAGCUCCGCUUCCACGUCAAGCGGCUCAUCAAGUCCCAUCAGCAGCGGGGCGAGGAUGUGGAUGAGGAGCUCGACUUCUACAUGGAUGAUGAUGACGUUGCGGUGCUCUUCACCAUGGAGGACAGCUCCAAGGUCUUUGCCAUCGGCAACAUUGAGCAGGUGGCCGUCGCCGACGGCACAGUAGACGCGCGCCGCGCCACUGGCAGCUCCAGCGCAGAGUACCUGCGCCAGCUCUCCAUGAGUCAGCGCAGCAACGGGGUCUUCAUCAACGACCCCAAGGGCCUCUUUAUCCUCCGGUGGUACCGUGAGGUGAAGGGUGACGGGACCCCCCCAGACGGCCCGCGCUACCAGAACAGAGCGUGCAAGUACUACAAGCUGACGAGCGACAACGAUGGGGAGGCCUUCCGCUGGACCAGCAACUACCAGAUCAUCAGCAAGGUGUACCUGAAGAAGCACUCCACCCUGCCUCUCUGCUAUUCUCUCAGUGCGGCAGACAAGAAGAUGGUGACGUCCACCAUGAAAAAGAUGGUGGGACCGGAGGCAGAGUAG